AUGUCCGACCAACCGCCUCGCAAGAAGUCGAAAUGGGACGACGAUGAAGAAGAGUUUGCACUGGAGAAGGAGCGCAGACGCGCACAGAAGCUGGCAGCUCGCCUGAUGAGCGAGAAGGAACAGCUGGAACGGUCUCGCGAACGGGGCGCGACAGACUCUCCGCGCGGAAGUGGGCGGUCGAGCGUUGAGAGCACGCCAAGACGGGUUGCACGGGACGACGAUGGGCUGGCACGAGCGCGGAGAGUACCGAGACGGGGCAGGGCUGCGCACCCGCUUCUCGAGAGCUGCCGGUCCGUGUAUUGCUACGAGCGCCUCAACGAGAUCGAGGAAGGGAGCUACGGCAUCGUCUUCCGCGCCCGCUGCAAGUCAACGGGCGAUAUCGUCGCGCUCAAGAAGCUCAAGAUGGACAAGGAGAAGAACGGCUUCCCCAUCACCAGUCUGCGGGAGAUACAGACGCUGAUGACCGUGCCGCACGAGAACAUCGUCCGCGUGCGUGAGGUGGUCGUGGGAGACACGCUUACGCAAGUCUUCAUCGUGAUGGACUUCAUCGAGCACGAUCUCAAGACGCUGCUCGCCAACAUGCCGACACCUUUCCUGGCAUCCGAGAUCAAGACGCUCGUCAUGCAGCUCCUGUCAGCAAUGGCCGCAUGCCACGACAACUGGGUCAUUCACCGCGACUUGAAGACUAGCAAUCUGCUCAUGAACAAUCGAGGGCAGAUCAAGGUCGCCGACUUUGGAUUGGCGAGGACGUAUGGCGACCCGCUCGGCGACAUGACGCAGCUGGUGGUCACAUUGUGGUAUCGCGCGCCCGAGCUUCUCUUCGGUGCGACGGAAUACACGACGGCGGUCGACAUGUGGUCAAUAGGGUGCAUCUUCGGCGAGCUCAUCCUGCGAGAACCGCUGCUGCCCGGCCGAGGCGAGAUUGACCAGGUCAACAAGAUCUUCAAGCUCCUCGGCCGCCCGACGGACGAGCUCUGGCCAGGCUUCCGCAAGUUGCCUAACGCCAAGUCCUUCAAUAUCGACGCCGCGCAGCCUUACUCCACCCUCUCCCGCACGUUCCGCUACCUCACUCAAUCCGGCCUUGACCUCCUUUCCCGGCUCCUCACCUACGACCCGGCGAAGCGCAUCACGGCGGAGGAGGCGCUCAAGCACGCUUACUUCGAGGAAAGCCCGCUGCCGAAGGACCCGAGGCUGUUCAACUCGUUCCCUAGCGUGGCGAGCGGCGAGAAGAAGACGACCCUUGCUUCUCCGUCGGCGCCUCAAGCGGGAGGCGGCUACGAUUUUGUCUAG